UCGCAAAUAGCCGUCAUGGACCAGAAGUCCGGGGAAACGGACGAGGCCUAUUAGGCCCGGAUGCUGCUUCAAUGGUCGGAUGGAGAAGCAGCCGCAGCAAAGAAGAAGGCAGAGGACGCCGAGAAGGCACGUCUGCUGGCAAUUGAACAGCAGCGCCAGCACGACGAGGCAGCGACGAAGGCUGCCGAUGAAGAACGAGUCCAACGUCGCGAGAAGAUAUUCAGUGGAGAGCAAGCUUUGCUCACAAUGGCAGUGGAUUGGCGGGCCGAGGCCGAGAAUGGCAAGAUGGAAGACAAUGAAAACAAGAUCGCUCUACUCCUCUCCCAUCUCACGGACCUCCUGGCAACAUGCAUUACACAGCAUGAGGACAUCCACAGCCUCGACGACGCGUUGACUCAAGUCCACGGUCGCCUCCGGCAGCUGGAGCAGCGACUUGUCGCCGCCCCCGAUGCCAGCUCUUCCAACACCUCCGAUCGCCUCGAGGCAUUGGAGAUUGACGUCGACUCCCUCAAGGACGGCGUGCAGUUACAGCAAACCGCAAUGCAACAGUUGGAGCAGCGGAUCUGUACGGCCGCCAACCACUCGAGCUCGGAACCGCGCGAGACAGCUCCAAAGUUCGAUGGGCAGGAUAUCUUUUGCGACUCGACGAAGACAGAUCCGAUUUCAUGGUUCCGCAAGUUCGAGCUCACGUUACAACUACACUACUACGGAGUGGUAGCUGCCGACUUGCAUACCAAGAUCAGCUGGGAUGAUCUAAAGGCGGCGUGGCAUAAGUGGUUCCAAGUAGAGCCGUCGGAGAUCAAGGCCAUGGGCAAGCUGAUGGUCUUCGAACAAGGCACGCUGCCGAGUGUUGAUUGGAUUGCCGAGUACCAACGCUUGACAUUCGUCCCAGACAUUCAAAUGGGCUUCAAAGCCAUCAAACACUACUUCAUCUCGAGGUCGUGUCCGGCGUUGGGUAAUGCCUUGACUCACAUCGAGGACAUCCUGACGACACCGGCAAAACUUUUUGACAAGGCCGCGCAAAUUAUUGUCACGAACAAGGAGGCCAAGAAUCUCCCACAGCGUGGAUCCAAGGCAGCCAAGCCCCAACAGGGACCCAAGGCACCACAGAUCCCGCGCAAGCGACGCACAGCCAUGGCUGCAGCAGCCGGCCAUGCCGACAGCAACAUGCCAGGCAGUCCCAAGAGGCCGGUUCCCCCUCCUGUGCCAGUUCAACGGGCCGAUGAAGACGCAUUCGCGUUUCUCGAGCGUCUCCAACAGUAUACGGAGACCAAUGCCACCGAACUCCGCACAUGGGAGAAGGAGAAUGCCGCCCGACGGGAAGCCAUCCGACUCCAACAAGAAGCGGAACAGGCAGCACGUCAGCAGGCCGCUGCCGACUCUGCAGCAGCCGCAAGGCAGCAGCAGCAGCAGCUCGAGGCAAGUCAGACUCAGGCUCGGUUCCAGGCUGCCAUGAACCUUCUCAACGAAGAAGCCGCAUACGGCAGAGUACUUCGACAGCAGCACUUCCGAGCAACUGAGGAGCAAGAAGAACCAACCGAGGACGAGAGAAGCAGGGAAAAUACAGCAGUCUUGAUUGAGAACCUGCUGUACACGUGCAAUUGGCAACAACGUGAACUGUUGGCUAUGCGGCAGGUCCUCAUCCGCCAUGAAGGCAACUUCAAGGCAAUGGAUCAGAACAUCACUGCCCUGCAGGCCGACACCAGCAUGCUGGACGCGGCCGACAGCCAACAGCAGGCCAUCAACGACCGACUGCAGGACUCCGUCGAUGCCGGGAUGGCACGACUGUCCGCAGUCGAGUCAAUUGGCGGUGCAGUUUCAGACAGCAGCCCAGUUUUGGCCGCUCAAGCCAAACAGCUCGAUGAGCGGAUCAACCACUUGGUCGCAUCCCUCGGCGACAUCAGCAAGUUUGUUGGAGCGGCGACAGUCAGCAAUCAGCUGCAGACGCUCAGCGACCGCGUUGACCAACGACCGGCCGCUGCCACCAAGGAAUGGAAGAUGCCGAACUUCAAGAUCGAGAAGUUCGACGACUAUCACAAGACUGAUCCGCUGCAAUGGUGGAUGGCGUUCAACGCGGAGGCCGACGUACAUCAUACUCCGCCCCUACGGCAGAUGGACGCAUUGUACCUCCAACUUAUAGGCGGGGCGCAAGAAUUCAUGACGCACAUGGCCGUCACGCUCGAAUGUACCAUCGCCACCCUCCACACGAAGAUCACGUGGGAGGAGUUUGAAAAGAAGUUGAAGACCCGGUUCAUGUGCCUGCCUCGACAAGGACAAGGAAAAUGUCAAGCGUUCGGGCUCGGGAAACUGAGCAUCGCGGGAAGUGCAGCAACAACAUUUCCCAGUCCGCCGGAGUCGGCUGCCUUGCUAGCAGCCUCUCUCACAUUCGGGGACACCGCGGUAGUCGCAAGUUCUCGCGUUGAGUUUGAGAACUAUGCUGUCGAGCUGGUCCCACCGUUGAACCAGCCUCUCCAUGUGCAAGAUUCAAGCGUAUGCGCGGCAGUUCCGCCGUCGGACAACGAACCGGUUGCUUCGCCAGCCCUUCUAUCUUGGACGAGACUUGAGGAUCUCGACCCAUUGACGGUUGAGGACUUCCAAUGGUUGCCUCUUCCCUCCACUGGUUCUUUGCCAACUCCGCAUUGCAAUGCCUUAAUGGCACAUCUACGCGAAUACUUGCACACUGCAGUACCACCUCCGUCGACGGACGGCGGAGUAGCGGUUGUUGAUCUUCGUAACUAUCUCGCGAAGAUCGACCGCGAGUACGCAACGCAACGGUACGUCGACAAUGACGCGCCGCUCCUCUACAUCCGCAUUCAGAUCGGAAAGGCGACAUGCAGUGCCUUAAUCGAUUGUGGAGCGACUCGCAACUACAUCAGCCAAGACUUCAUGGCACGCGCUGGGCUGGGCCCGCGCAUUGAGAUCCCGCCAAGAGACCGGUACAAAACCGCGUUCAAGACGCGAUAUGGGCACUUUGAGUGGAUCGUCAUGCCUUUCGGUCUCACCAAUGCCCCGGCUACUUCCCAAGCGGCCAUGACGACGGAAUUCCGCGACUUCGACCGCACCGUGCUCAUUUACCUCGAUGAUAUCUUGGUUUAUAGUUGGACGCUGGACGAGCACCUCGAGCACCUUCGCGCCGUAUUGGAGCGGCUUCGUAUUGCCAAGUACAAGGCGAACCGCGACAAGUGCGAGUUUGUCCAGCAAGAGCUGGAGUACUUAGGCCAUUACGUUACGCCGCAAGGCAUUCGUCCGCUCACGGACAAGGUACAAGCUAUUCAAGAUUGGCCGGACCUCAAGUGUACUACGGACGUCCGCUCCUUUCUUGGCUUGGCAUCGUACUACAUGCGCUUCGUCAAAGGAUUUCAACGCAUCGCUGCACCAUUGUCGCGACUUCAGUCCCCCUUGGUGCCCUUCGAGUUCAGCGACAAGGCCCGGCAUGCGUUUCACACGCUGAAGACGGCUUUGCUUCAAGCUCCCGUCUUAAGCAUCUAUGACCCGACUUUGCCCACCAAAGUGACUACGGACGCUUCCGGUUACGGCAUUGGCAUGGUUUUGGAACAGCAUGACGGCACAGACUGGCAUCCGGUUGAGUACUUCAGCCAAAAGGUGACACCCAUCAACACUCUUGAUGAUGCGAGGAAGAAGGAACUCCUAGCUUUUGUCACUGUACUUAAGCGUUGGCGUCACUUUCUCCUCGGGCGUCGGCGAUUCACGUGGACAACGGACAACAAUCCGUUGACGUAUUACAAGACGCAAGACACGGUGAGCAGCACGAUCGGUCGAUGGAUGUACUUCAUUGACCAGUUCGACUUCACUUCCAAGCACAUUCCGGGCUCCUCAAACAAUGCAGCAGAUGCUCUCUCGCGAAGACCUGAUCUUUGCGCCUUGGUGCACUCCACAUUCGGCCUCGACGAGAACCUGCAACAGCAUUUCGUAAAUGGCUACAAGUCGGAUCCGGGAUUCUCCACACUCUAUGCGGACUUAUCAUCCCACGGCGUUCCGGAAGACAUCGUCAGCGACCGCGACACUCGUUUCAUGUCGGCCUUUUGGACGGCACUCAUGGUGGAAUCCGGCACCAGCAUGAAACCGAGUUCCGCACGGCAUCCUCAAACGGAUGGGCAAGCGGAUCGUGCGCAUCAGACUGCGCAGAUGAUGCUCCGCACGCUCAUCCGCCCGGAGCAGAAGGACUGGGUUGACCGCCUUCCCGACAUCGAGUUCACCUACAACACUUCGGUGCACCCGGCGAUUGGCGUGACUCCAUUCGAGUUGCACCACGGUGGACGGAAAGGACGUAUCUUCGCAGACAUUUUGCUUCCACGGGCUGCCGAUAUAGACGCCGCUUUCUCCCCCGCUUCUACACGGAAGUACAGGGAACUGCUGGCCAAAGCCCUCACAAACAUGCAAAAGGCUCAGGUCCAUAUGCAGCAGCAAGCGAACCGGCGUUGCAUCCCAUGUCCACUUCGCGCUGCCGACCUAGUUUGGGUCGCCUCCGAGGAAUUCACGCUCGAGCAGGACGUUUCGCGUAAGCUCCUCCCUAAGUGGUUUGGACCAUGGAUGGUCACUUCAGCAGCUGGCGACGACCCCGCGGGUCCAUCAUUCAUCGUUGAGAUUCCCUCGCAUUUGACGGUCCACCCGAUCUUUCACGCUUCAAAGCUGGCGGUUUACACUCCAGCCUCCGCAGCGGAUUUCCCGGGCAGACGGUCACAAGACCCUCCUUCAAUGGAUGGUCAUCAGGAGGUCGACCGCGUUCUCACGCAUCGCAAGCAUGGCAACAAGCCGAUGCAGUACAAAGUUACAUUCAAGCAAUGUGAUCCGAACGACAUAUGCUGGAUUUCAAGAGAUGAUCCGAAGGCGACAGCACCCCUCAUCUUCGCGCAUUACGAAAAACAGCGACUUGAGAAGGAAGCUGCCCAACCUGCCUGCCCUGUACGGACAUCGGACAGACAGCUUCGCCCUCGCAGUUAGCUCGGUCUUUCAAGGGGGGGAGUGUGUGGCAUACUGAGCCACACGGGCCCCAGUUAGGGCCCGGUUCCCAG